AUGCGUUCCGCAGUCCUGAUCGGUUUUUUCCUCGGCUUGGCUUGGUCUCACCCGGAACCGGAGCUCUCGCCCUCGUCACCGGCACCUGGAAACGGGACCUCCGAGGAGGACAAGGUGCCCGCCUUCUCGCCUUUUAGCUUCCGCGAUGGAAGCUACGCCAUGGGCAGCUUCGCCAAGGUCAACUGGUUCCAGGCCCAGGAGACCUGCGCAUCCUACGGGUACACGCUGGUGAGCAUCACCUCGCAGGCGGACCAGAACAACCUGCGCAACUUCCUCUUCAGGUACGCCCGCUCGCAGCAGGAGCUCCUCAACGACCCGCUCUGGACCUCGGGCACCGACCUGGCCAGCGACAACAACUGGGUCUGGUUCAGCAACGGACGCACCAUCAACUACCGAAACUUCCAGGACGGAAAGCCCUCCCGCUAUGAAGCCCACUGCCUGGGCAUCAACGGAUUCACUGGACUUUGGGUGAACGAGAGUUGCGACGAGCAGCGCUACUUCAUCUGCGAGAAGCGUUGUCAGUUCGACGACGACGUUUAUUAACCCAAUCGGUUGAUAUGACCUAUAGGUUUUUAGUGCUGGACGAUUAAAGAAUCAGCCACAUGUGUGCACGCAAAAAAUGA